AUGAACAAUAGAAUGGCGUUAAUCAAAGAAACAAGUGCGAAUAAACUCAACGAAAUUUUCAGCAACAUAAAAUCUCAAAUAGGAUCAGAUUCAGAAUCCGAUGAAUACAGUGGCUCUGAAAUUGAAGGUUCUGUAGAUGCUUCUGAAGGUGGAAAUGCUUUCAUAAUAUCCAGUUCAAUUCAUCCUCCGAGACUUUGGCAAAUAUCAAACUUUAAGCCAAAGUUAUUUCAGUUUUCAGAUUAUGGCUGUGGAAUUGUUUGCGAUUUGGAUGGAGAGACAUUAUUAGAUUUUUUUCAAACAAAGUCAUUUGACCAGCAUAAUGUUUCAUCUUCCCAUCGAACGAAAUGA